UUUUCAUUGAUAUUCUUCCUGCAGUGCCAUAUAAUUGUCUUAUUUUUAUUCUACUCAAUCCAUGAACGUAAUUUUAAGGAAAGACCAACACCGAAGUGACAAAUUUACGGAGUCUGGUUCAUCCGGAUCCCGGCCUACAACGUAAUAUAUUUAUACAGUGAACUUACAUAUGUACAGCGUGUGAACCAAUGUUCCAUCGCACAUCAUUUUGUACGCGCCUACUACCGGCGGUCACAAUGUGGAAGAACGUGACUGUGUUUUUUUUGUCUCAGAAUUGUUGACGGUGAACCUUCGUGAUUCUGCUAAUUCCCAGACACGCUACUAAGUCGACAACCAUAAUUUGGUAUAGUGCCAGCAGAAUCUUAUGCGUUUUCCGAAUACCAGAACGACAUUUACAUCUGGUCUCGAAAUUUGUAACCAUUAAUCUUUAUUAACAAUUUUUGAAGUAAGUAUACAAAUCCUGAUGAACGAAUGCUCCCAUGAUCAAUAUCCCGUUGAUUAAUGCUUUUUUUUAUUAAGUACUUACCAUAUCAGAAUACAGGUGUCUUGCAAUUACACGUACAUAUGAUCCUCAGCCGGCUGAUUUUUUUAUCGUGGAUGACCAUAAAUUAUACUUCCUUUGUGAAUGGAAUUACUAACAUACCCUCUCGUUCUUCCCCCUCGAAGAGGAAGUCUUCGAAAGAUUUGAACAGAGCCGCUCUGCAACAAGCACCCCCUUCAUGGAAUCGCGAUUUGGACGGGAUUUAUCGCCCUAAUGGAGCUUCCCUACAUUUCGCCCCACCUGAAGGCAGAAUGUUUGCUCCCAUUCCACCGGAAGUGAAAAUUGUCUGCUCAGAAUCCGGGAUUUGUGGCCCGCCUCGCACGCCCGCCGCCAUUAGCCGCGGACCAGUUUCGACUGGAAGCAGCGCGAAUCCCCGUUUCGCUAGCUACUCCUCCAGUCUGCCGUAUAGCCAGAAGGGUGGCACAUUAUUCAUUAGAAAUAUUGGAAACCGAUUUAUUCCAACACCUGCACCGACGGCAGCGUCGACUGCUUCUACGUACUCGACGCUAAUUGCAAGUGCCGCGACGGUUACAAAGGUCAUUACUACCGCUUCCAUGGUAGACAGGUUCCCGCUAUCGCAUCAUUCGACAGAAAAGAUGGCACCUCCAAAAACAGCUCCCGAUCUCGAGAUUAUGCUGCGUACUCUGUUUGGAUGGUAAAUCCGGCUAAGAAAUAAUUAUGAUUGUAUCGAUAUCAUAGCACUGUGCUAUAAUAUUAUACGAGACUGGUCAAUAGUUGUACCAGUGCGAUUACAGUAUGGCUAUAGUGUGCCAGAUUAAACAGCGAAAUUUCGUGCUUUUAUGAUUGAGCGGCCCCAUGAUUCACUGGAACACUGCAUGGCAGGUGUGGAAAACUAGACCCGGUUCAAUAUAGGAAAUUAGAGUCUUGCAACACCCUGGAAUCUGUUUCGCCGGGUUUUGCAUCACGUGAUACGAUAUUCGGCUUGUGAACGAUCCGGGUCUAAACUCGUACGAGUUGCAGUACUUAAGAUUUUCAGCAUUGACUUCUAUGGGAAA